AUGAAAUUAACCAGAGUAUUUUAUAUCAUUGCCUUCCUCUUAACCAUCAAGAUUUUAGUACCUGGAUUCAACAAUGUUGAAGUUGAAGCAAAGAAUCCAGUUGCUGAUGCCAAAUCUGUAAAGAAAGUAGAUGAUGAUAUCCAAAGAAAACAAAGAAAUCAGAAAAUUUUGCUCAUAUCAUCCGUAGCCACAAGUGUAGCUAUAAUCUUAGGUAGUUUAUUAGGAGGCUUAGGCUAUUACAAACAAAAGAAAAUCAGAGGAGGAAAUGUACCAGCUGCACCAGUAAAACACACAGGAACUAAACUAGAAGGAAAACCAUCAUCAGAUGAUACAAAGCUAUCUUCAACUGGUAGUCAAGGAACCACAACUUUAAGCACCAACACUUCAACCGGUCCAUCAAAAACAUAUACUAAUUCCUUUUAA